CGGGCCAACGGGAACGGCCAGCAGACAACACCAAUCAGCUUACGCCAGUCGUAUGUCAUCCGUCGCAAGAAGUAGUUGUUUAAAGCUUAUUGACAACUUUUACGCGAUGCGCCAUCGAGAGGGAUAAAGUGACAAUAUAGUGUAAAGUGAAAUUCUAAUUUAUAAAAAUGCUCGCGGACGGUGAAAUUGUUGGUGACGGAUCAUGGAACCUCACGAUCUAUGUUACGGACUUGAACGAGAAGCGUACUAUGGUCGUGAAGGGAGAUAUGCACAUCGGUGGGGUUAUGCUCAAGUUGACGGAGAGCUUCGGUAAAGAUUUUAAAAAGGACUGGUCGGAUCACGCACUAUGGUGGCCCACACGCAACAAAUGGCUGUCCAGACCGAAGCACACGCUGGACCAGUACGGAGUCCACGCAGACGCUGCGCUCCACUUCACGCCGAUGCACAAGCCUCUGAGGAUACAGCUCCCGGACUUGAGAUAUAUCGACUGUAAAAUUGACUUUUCCAUCGACACGUUCAGUGCUGUAAUGCAACUCUGCAAAAGUCUUGGUAUACGGCAUCCAGAGGAGCUAUCGCUCUGUUAUCCUCUGGAGCAGUCGCAUUUAAAGCAGAACUAUCAGAAUUUAAAAGAGGCUAAGAAGAUAAAAUCGGUACAAGCUCCAGACACGAAUACAUUCAUCGCAGCCACGAGAGGUUCUUCAAAUAGUUUGGAUAGAUCCCUGGCGUGUCCUGCUACUCCACCGCCUCCUAGAUCGCUAUCCGCUACACCCGUAGCUUCACAGCAGAAUGGGACGCUGCGUCGCUAUGGUGGCCACAUCUAUAGUACACAGAGUGAUGGCUCCAGCGAUGGAGGUUAUUGCGGAACGCCGCCACGAGCGGCAUCUCUGGAUGCUUUAGAUUCUCUCGCAGAACUGUCUUUGGCUGAUUCUCCCCUAGAACCAGAUAGCCAAUCGAAGGAGUCACUUCUCACACCAAAAUCCUUGAUAGAACGCGCUAGAAUGAACGUUGGCUGGUUAGAUUCGUCGUUGUCUAUCAUGGAGCAAUAUGUACGAGAAUGGGACACUCUGCAACUCCGUUUCAAGUUUUAUUCGUUCUUCGAUCUUACCCCAAGGGCUCAGGACGCAUCACGACUCAACCAGCUGUACCAACAGGCUCGUUGGCAAAUUCUGAAUCAGGAAGUCCAUUGCACGGAGGAAGAAAUGUUACUGUUCGCUGCACUUCAGCUCCAAAUCGAAUUACAAACGUUAGCUGGUGGUGGAGUAGAUGCGAAUGAUGGAUCCCAAGGCACAGGUGCAGCAGCUGCCCCGGAAGACGAAAUUGAUGCUGCGUUAAGUGAACUGCAAGUGCAGUUGGAAGGAGGUCCGCCAGCUCGACCCGACAUCACUCAUGUGCCCGAACUUGCUGGAUACUUGAAAUACCGAGGACGUCAGCGUUUCACUCUGCGGGCGUACAAGCGCGGCUGGGUGUCGUGUCGCGACGGCGUGCUGCGCAUACACGCGUCGCGCGAGGCGGCCGCGCGGGGGGACACGCCCUCCUACGCCGUCGAGCUCAGGGGCGCUGAGGUAACACCAGAUGCACAUCCAGCUUCCGGUAGAUAUGGCAUCAAAUUGGAAGUACCCGCGGAAGACACGAUGCAUGAAAUGUGGCUGAAAUGUGAAAAUGAGGACCAAUAUGCCGAAUGGGUGGCGGCGUGUCGCCUCGGCUCCCGCGGUCGGUCGCUCGCCGACUCGGCCUUCACCACCGAAGCGGCCGCGGUUAAGACGCUACUCGCUCUACAGCGGCCCCAGCCAGCAGCCGCGUUGAAUCAGCACAGCUUGCCUCAUCUCGAUCACUUGCAGCCGGAGAACUACUUGGCACCGCGUUUCCUUAAGAAGUUAAAGAGCAAGUUUACCCAACGCGUGCUGGAGAGCCAUGCGAAUGUGAAGGACCUUCCGUUGCUGGAAGCAAAGCUGCAAUACAUCAAGACUUGGCAGAAUCUACCCGACUACGGGCAAACUUUGUUUGUAGUGCGUUUCAUGGGUCACCGCAAGGACGAAAUCAUCAGCAUCGCCAACAACCGUAUCAUGAGACUUGACCCCAACACCGGCGACCAUAUCAAAACAUGGCGUUUCAGUACAAUGAAGGCUUGGAACGUGAACUGGGAAAUAAAACACAUGAUGGUACAAUUCGAGGAGGGCAACAUUAUCUUCUCAGUGCAAUCAGCUGAUUGCAAAGUCGUACAUGAAUUCAUAGGAGGAUACAUAUUCCUAUCAAUGCGUUCAAAGGAUGCCAACCAGACACUCGACGAGGAACUAUUCCACAAACUAACCGGUGGUUGGACGUAAGAUUUUAUUAAAUAUGAUAAAUAUUAAUUUAUUAACAGGUAACAUUAUCUGUAAAGUUUAUAUUUUUUCGGGAAUUACAGCCUUGUAUGCGUGCCUUGAAUAUCUUGACAUCCAUAUUUGUAAUAGUAUUUUUGACAAGUUUACCACUAUUUAAGUGUUUCAAUGUAACAAAACGAAACUUCAGCACAAUUUUAUUAUAGGUGAUAAACAAUCCUAACACAUAUAUGAAGGUUGUCUCAAAAGAAGUAUAUGCAUGAAUAAAGGUAUUUUUAUAUCGAUUUAAUAAAUAAAAAUGUUUUAUCUUUAGACUUUCAAUAACUAGAUAUUAAUAGUAGUGCUUCCAUUUCAAUAUUAUUACAUUGCCAAAUAUAUUUUGACGCAAAUCUAAUAUACAGCUUCGAUUCUCUACAUCACUUUAAUUUCCUAUAUAUUUUAAUGUCAAUUAAAAUAAUUUUAAGGAUAUUCAUUCGAUAUGAGCUUUUAUGUUUUAGAUGAUAAAGUUUAUUUUAGCUAAGCUGCCACAUCUCAUAGAUUUAAAGAUCAGUAAACAAGUGCCAUCACACCGAUAUCAAACAAAUUGAAUGUUCACGACUACAACAUGGUGCUUUAUAAUAAAUAAAUAGAAUUAAAUAAAUGAAUAAAUACAAGUGGCCUUAAUGUUCAUAAGAGUUUAAUAAUUGCUUUCGCUGAUUAAGUUUUAUUCAUUGUAAAUAACAUUAAAAUAGGUUAACUCCAGUAUGACGUAUUUAUAUGAGAAUUAUAAAAUGAUCGCUUGAUAAUGUAUACCUAUAAAUUGCAAAGAUAUAUUAUACUAUCGUCAACUUGUCUCAUUAAAAUGGCAUGAAAUGCUUAUAAAAUAGAGAUGCAACGUGAAUAUUAACAAUUUUUCAACAUAUACAAAUUAUUGUACAAAUUAAAAUGUUUGUAAAUGAAUGUCAAAAUAAAUGUAAAUGAAUAACAAAA